AUGACCUCAAAAAGGAGGAGAAAACAUAUGAAUCAUCCCGUGAGUACUUAGAAAAAAAUACAGUUUCACUGAGAAGGAAAACCACAGUGGGCUGUGGAGAGACCCCCUCUAUCUUCAGUCCACACUGUAGACUCAGUGACCGCAGCCUUGGGCAGAGCGCUAAACCCGUGGCUUAAUCACAUUAGGAGAGCUUAUGUCAAGUUGCUUUAAAACCCUGGGACUGGGCAGUCAGGCAGGAGAGGGGCAAGAGCCAGGCCUGACAAGCCAGUCAGGGAAAGGCAGACUGUGAGGCAGACCGAGCCCUUGGCAGAAGGAAGUGAGGGAGGCUCUGGUGGAAGGGCCAGCCCAGGGACAACAUGCCAGUGAUAAAUAUUGAAGACCUGACAGAGAAGGACAAGCUGAAGAUGGAAGUAGACCAGCUGAAGAAAGAGGUGACACUGGAAAGGAUGGUGGUUUCAAAAUGUUGUGAAGACGUGAAGGACUACAUUGAGGAAAGGUCUGGUGAGGACCCUCUUGUGAAGGGGAUCCCUGAGGACAAGAACCCCUUCAAGGAGCUCAAGGGAGGCUGCACCAUUUCCUGAAGGCCCUGGUGCAUUGAGGACCGUGGAAUGACCAAGAUGCUUUAAAAUUAGUUUAAAACCCCUUUGCUGUAACAGACCAGAAUGAAAGGAUCCUGUACCAAAACUCUGAGGCUCACCACGGCCGUCUCUGUGGGAAUCAGGGCAGCCCCUCCCCACCUGCAGGGGUGCCAUUCACAGUGGGAGAAGAUGCAGACCCUUGGCGACAGGCUGAGGACUGCUGUUCCCUCCCCUGCCCCCACUCUCAGGAUUCACUUUUAAUAAAGAUUGGAAGGCAGUUCAUUGAA